AUGGUACGUACUUCUAAGCCAAUUAGUUUGAAUUCUGAAUGCUCUGAUGGUAAUGUUCACAAUAGUGCUGGUAGUGAUACUAGUAGUGCGAAUGGUACAGAUGGGACUACUGGAAUUCCAUUUGAUAAAUAUUCAUUAGAUAAUCAUCAAAAGAAAUCUCCAAGGGAACCUAUACGAAAACAAAAUAUUGAAGAUAUUAUUGUCCACAGUUUAGAGACAUUAUGUGCAUUGUUUGAUAAUAUUUAUUUCUUGAAAAAUAUUGGAAUAAUCAGUGAAAGAAAUUUCAUGUAUAAAAAAUUAAAUAAAAGUCAAAUAGGUUCAAAGAUUUGGUUGAUUACAUUAAUAUUAUCAUUAAGAAAGUCAUAUAAAAAAUUAAAGUCUACAAUUAUCGUUCGAAGACAAUAUAAGAAAGAAAUACAAAAAUUUAACAAUAUUAAUUCUGGUUAUCUUAAUGAUUAUUAUAGUAAUAAUAAGACUCAUAUUGAUGGUGGUAGGUCAAUAAAAGAUUAUGAAAGAAUUAUUAUAAAUACAAUCUUAGAUUUCUUCCAAGAUUUAUUUUAUAUGGUAAUAAUAAUAUUCGAUAUAUUAAAGACUUCAAAAUAUCAGAAAUUGAAAUCAUGGUGCGAAUAUUCUUCAUAUAUUAUAAAUAUAUUAAGGAUAUUUAACUCCAGUACAAGAAUUAUUAAAUAA